UCGGCUGCGACCUCCUCGAGCAUCUCCAGCGCUCGGGCCAGGACGUGCCCCAGGUGCUGCGGAGCUGCACCGAGUUCGUGGAGCAGCAUGGGGUGGUGGACGGCAUCUAUCGCCUCUCGGGCGUCUCCUCCAACAUCCAGCGGCUGCGGCAAGAGUUUGACAGCGACCGCUGCCCGGACCUGCACAAGGAUGUCUACCUGCAGGACAUCCACUGCGUCAGCUCCCUCUGCAAGGCCUAUUUCCGCGAGCUCCCCAACCCGCUGCUCACCUACCAGCUCUACGACAAGUUUGCCGACGCUGUGGCCAUCCAGAUGGAAGAGGCUCGCCUGGUGAAGAUCAAGGAGGUGUUGAAGGAGCUGCCAGCGCCGCAUUACAGGACCCUGGAGUUUCUCAUGAGGCACCUUCUGCACAUGGCGUCCUACAGCAGCCAGACCAACAUGCACGCGAGGAACCUGGCCAUAGUCUGGGCCCCCAAUCUGCUCCGGUCGAAGGACAUCGAGGCCACAGGGUUCAACGGCACGGCGGCGUUCAUGGAGGUGCGCGUCCAGUCCAUCGUGGUGGAGUUCAUCCUCACCCACGUGGAACAGCUCUUCGGGGACGCCCCUCUCUCCGGCAGCGAGCCAAAGGCCCUGCGGAGGUCCCUGCUGCCCGGCGCGGGGCUGCCGGUGCCCCUGCCCGACGGCCAGCCGGUGCCCUACCACGUGCCCGCCGUGCUGAACCAGGGCGACGGGCCACCGCAGAUCCGGCCCUACCACACCAUCAUCGAGAUCGGCGACCACAAAAGGAAGGGCUCCCUCAAGGCAAAGAAGUGGAAGUCGAUCUUCAACCUGGGCCGUUCAAGCCAUGAGUCCAAGCGGAAGCUGGUGAAGCCGGAGGAGAAAGAAGAUAAAUUCGGUAAAAUAAGCUUGAGGCCAGCCAAGAGCAUGGACUCACUCAGCUCCAUGCCUUUCGCCAGCGAUGUUUUGUUCCCGUUUGGUUCAGAUGUCUCUCAGCUGAGCAAGAAGAGGUCGAUAAAGCAGCCACCACAGCGCCGGGAGAGCUUCGACACGUGCUCCUCACCCUCGCAGGAGAAGAGUUUCCUGGAGCUGGACGAGAGCCUGGAGGAGAAAUUCAAGGCGAAGGAGGAGCCGCAGAGCCUGGAGUCAGAGGGCGAGAGCAGUACCAAGUCGGAGCCCACCACCCCCAAACCAGGCCGGGCAUCGCUGGUGGGAGCGGCUGCUUCGGGCCGCUCACCCAAGGCCGCCUGCAACCGGGCCGAGAAGUGUGCGGGGGUCCACAUCUCGGGCCCUUUCUCCGUCACCGUCCCCUUCCACAUCACUUCCAACCUGUCCCGCCUCACUCGGGGGCUGGAGUGCCCAGCGCUGGGCCAGUUCAGGGAACCCGCUGCCAGCCCUCCAGCAUCCACCUGUGCCACUGUCAGGGAACCCGAGGCACCCAAGCCGCAGGAAAAUCCCACGGUGGAGGCGAAGGCAGAUGGCCCUGAGGAUGCGGAGGAAACCCGGCUCUCCUUGGAGCUGCGGGAUUCCUUUGCCUUCUUGGACAACCAGGACUCAUGGCUGGACUACGCUGGUGAGGGUGAGCCGGCGGCACGGUCCCUGCUUGGAGACACUGGCCUCGAGGACGAGGAGAGCUUCCCAGCCAUAGAGGAUGGCAUGGAAAGCGGGUUCAUGAACCCAGGGGAGUCUCCUGUGGAGCAGCCUGCCAGCUACUUGUCCAUCGAGGAGUGCAUGGAUGAGGAGAUGUUCUUCAUGGCUCCCAGUGGCUCUGACGCUGAGGACUCCUCCAAGGACACCGACUCCGAGGACAUGUUCCUCAGCGCCCACGAUGACCUCAGCCCACUGGCCACAGAGCUGGAGCUGCAUGCAGAGCCGGCAGGCCAAGAGAUGGCUGUGGAGCUGCCUGCGCCUGCCGAACCAGGGACCACCGGCACUGCUGGGUUGCAGGACGCCUUCCCAACACCAGACGUGGCAGGGCUGCGUCCCACGGAUGAGGACGCUGGAGGUGACGGGGAGCAUCCGGGAGGUCUGCACGGGGAGACAGCAGAGUGGGGCGCAGGCGAAUCCCCGGAGGAGGAGGGACAGGGAGGAGGCAGCGAGCUUAAGGCUCCGGAUGGCAACGCUGUCCCGAGCAGAACUGACUCGAGCGCUGAACGCGGCCCUGGAGACGAAGCUGGACAAGCCUUGGGCUGCGCAGAGGCAGGGCCGCUUCCCGAUGCGCCAGACGGGGAAGUCGAAGAGGACAGGGCUGGCUGCAGUCCGCCCGCGGCAGAGGAGCUGGAGACGGGCAAAGCUCAAGCCUGGCCAUCGCAGAGGUCCCCUCCAGCCACCUGGCUGGAGACGUUUCCGCUCGGCUCCGCGGCGCGCGCGGAGGGCACCGUCGCGGAGAGCAUCGCCGACGCUUCCCCGCUCUCCGCCUCGGCUCCGGAGCUGCGGGAAGCUCUCCCGGAGGUCCCGACGCGAGGCCGCCCGGAGCCCGCCCCGCGCCCGGAGCCCGCGGCCGUGCUGCGCCGCGACGGCAGCGCCGCCGUCCGCCUGGCCUCCCGCACCGUCAGGGUGCAGCAAGCCAAGUCCGUGCCCGUGGUGCCACCCAAGCCUCAGUUCGCCAAGAUCCCGCCGGCGCUGAAGCCCAAGACGCCGCCGGCCGCCGGCGCCGCCCGGGCCGGGAGCGAGAAGCGCCGCAGCGGCUCGGGGUGCCCGGAGGGGAGCGGACGGGCCGCGAGGCGAGCGGCGUGGCGCAACAGCGGCAGCGUGUCCUUCGACGCCGCCGUGGCCCUGGCCGCCGAGAGGCACGCGGCGCGGACGCCCGUGAGGAGGAUGCAGACCUACGGAGGCGAGGAGGCGCCGGAGCCGCCCAGCACCUCCAAGCCUCUUCCUUUCCACAGAGCCCCCGCGAAACCGCCCGGCCAGCGGCUGCUGCAAUCGCUCAGCUGCGCCGAGGGGCCCGACCCGCCCGGCGAGGCUCCCGCCUCAGCCGCCCGCCAGCCGGAGGCGAAGGACGGACUGAGCCCGCCGCAGGCGGGAGCGGAGGAAGUCGGGGCGGCUCGGCGGGGAGCGCGGGCCAGCGGGACGCCCAGCGAGGGCUGAGGCGCCCGGCGCGGCGCAGCGCUACUCGGAUGCCGGGCCCGGGCCGCUGUUUUCCUCCUGCGCCCUCCUUUCCCUCCGGACACGACCGCGCGGCACGGCGAAGCCGCGGCCGCCACGAGGCUGAGAGACUUGGGGUGCUGUGC